CGGUUGGUCAGCUGACCGUCGGUCGGUCUGGUGACUGUCAAACCGUUGAAGCUCGCGCACCGUGACCCGGACCCAACCCCCACCAGGCCGAGGUCGGUCUCUGUGUCCCCGCCACCGGAGCGCCUGACGCGGACAGGUCUCCCGACGCCCCCCGCUGUCGGCUGGAGGAUCAGCCUCACUCUCUCCGCUCCUCCGGUUGGUCCCACUCCGAGGCCGGUCAGCUGGUCCACUCUACCCCGAGCCUCAGCGACCCCCGGCCGGCCCUCCGCCCCGGCUGCCCCCCGCUGACCGCCAUGUCCGUGCUGGAUGUCGCCAUGCAGGGACUCGCCGUGUUCGGCUUCCUGCUGUUCUUCGUGCUGUGGCUGAUGCACUUCAUGUCCAUCAUCUAUGUGCGUCUCCACCUCCACAAGAAAAGGUCAGAGGUCAAACAGCCGUUCGCACAGCUGGCUGGAGUUUCUCUGCUGAAGCCGCUGAAGGGCGUCGACCCGAAUCUGAUCUCCAACCUGGAGACGUUCUUUACACUGGAUUACCCCAAGUACGAGGUCUUGCUGUGCGUUCAGGAUCAGGACGAUCCGGCUGUUGAUGUCUGUAAAAAGUUGUUGGGCAAAUAUCCGAACGUAGACGCUCGAUUAUUCAUCGGGGGGAAGAAAGUUGGAAUCAACCCAAAGAUCAAUAACCUGAUGCCGGGCUAUGAAGGAGCCAAAUACGGGCUGGUGUGGAUCUGUGACAGCGGCAUCAGAGUGAAACCCGACACUCUGACAGAUCUGACCAAUCAGAUGACAGAGAAGGUGGGAUUGGUCCACGGGUUGCCGUAUGUCGCCGACCGCCAAGGCUUCGCCGCCACACUGGAGCAGGUGUAUUUUGGGACGUCCCACCCUCGCUCCUACAUCUCCGCCAACGUGACGGGGAUAAAGUGCGUGACGGGGAUGUCGUGUCUGAUGAGGAAGGACGUGUUGGAUCAAGCCGGCGGGUUGGUCGCCUUCGCUCAGUACAUCGCCGAGGAUUACUUCAUGGCUAAAGCCAUCGCUGACAGAGGGUGGAAGUUCUCCAUGGCAACCCAGGUGGCGCUGCAGAAUUCGGGGUCGUACUCCAUUGGCCAGUUCCAGUCCCGAAUGAUCAGGUGGACCAAGUUGCGGAUCAACAUGCUUCCGGGCACCGUGCUGGAGCCCGUCUCCGAGUGCUUCCUGGCCAGCCUCAUCAUUGGCUGGGCCGCUCAUCAUGUGUUCAGGUGGGACAUGAUGGUCUUCUUCAUGUGUCACUGUCUCGCCUGGUUUAUAUCCGACUACAUCCAGCUGACUGGAGUUCAGGGCGGCCCGCUCUGCUUCUCCAAGCUGGACUUUGCGGUGGCGUGGUUCAUCAGGGAGUCGAUGGCGGUGCAGAUCUUCCUGUCGGCUCUGUGGGACCCGACCAUCAGCUGGAGGACUGGACGCUACCGGCUGCGCUGCGGCGGCACCGCCGAGGAGAUCCUCGACGUCUAGUUACCACGGCAACCGGAGGAGAUGAGAGAAAGAGACUGACGUUUAUUUGUUUUUGUUUUUUAUGAUAAAAACUGAAGAGAGAGAAUGUGUGUGUGUGUGUGUGUGUGUGUGUGUGUGUGUGUGUGUGUUUUAACUAUUUAUGUUCCUUUUUGGUGCUAAAACUGAACGAUGCCAGAACAAGCCAAUGAGAGCGCAAGAAAAACAAAACAAACAAAAAAAGGAUAAAUGGGAGGGAGUGAAGCAUCGCACUGAAUAAAACCAAUCAGCCAAUCAGGAGAGAGAAGGAAGGAUUCUCUCUUCUCAUUGGCUGAUUUCUGAAGUGUUUGUAUGGAAGGAAAAGAGAGCUGAAAUAAUGUAACCACAGUUUAUAGUAUUUACUUGGUGUGUAGUGCGUUCCCCUCAGAAAUACAGCCUGUGGUUAAAUUCCACCUUCAGCUUCCAUAGAUUCUGAGAAAAAAACAAAACAAAACUAAGAGCUGCGUUCAGCAAAGGAAACAAAGCAGAGACAUUUUCUGUUUAUGACUCCAGGUGGUGUAAUUAUUCUGAUUAUGAGGAAACAAGCACAGGAACUGUUUCAGGAUUUCAGGAAGUGCAGCUGCACCUUUAACUGGAAGAACCAGGAACUAAAGUAAACUUCUUGCUACGAGAGGAAUGUGAGCGUUAUAAUGUAAUAUAACAGUAAUAAUGUAAUAUAACAGUAAUAAUGAUAUAUUACAGUAAUAAUGUUAUAUUACAGUAAUAAUGAUAUAUUACAGUAAUAAUGAUAUAUUACAGUAAUAAUGAUAUAUUACAGUAAUGAUAUAUUACAGUAAUACUGUUAUAUUACAGUAAUACUGUUAUAUUACAGUAAUGAUAUAUUACAGUAAUGAUAUAUUACAGUAAUACUGUUAUAUUACAGUAAUACUGUUAUAUUACAGUAAUACUGUUAUAUUACAGUAAUGAUAUAUUACAGUAAUGAUAUAUUACAGUAAUAAUGUUAUAUUACAGUAAUUGACACUGGAGCUUUAAUCAUAAAUCCUGAGAGCUGCUGUCUCGUUCCUCAGUCUGCUGAAGAGACUUCCUGUUUACUUCCUGAAAAGAAGAAAAUGUUUCUGUUUGUUCCUCUGUUGAGUGCAGAUAACAACCUGUAUAAUUGAUCGUCAAUAUAAAGGCUAUUGAUUGGCCCAUCUGUGAGUGAAAAACAAAUGUGAAUACAAUCAGCCAAUCAGGAGAGAGAGUGAAUUCUGUCUGUUCGGCUGAUUUUUGUUGAGUUCAGAAUUUCAGAAGAUGAAAAAAGUGGAAAAGUUUUUUGUAAUUUCAGUCGUCUGAACGUCGUAAUCUUUACAAACCAUCUAAUAAUUAGGAAAAAUAACUGAUAUUUAUUAAUUUGGCAUUACGGAAUCAAUAUCUCAUCCUGAAAUAAAAUCUUUAGUUGAUCUGAAUUAUAAAAUGGAUGAAAAAUAAAAUCUGUUUAUGACAUUGUUUAUUUGUACUUGAACAUGUCUCUCCAGUUCCUCCGGGAAGAAACGUGAACUCAGUCUGCUCCACGACGUAAUUCAGUCCGAUCACAGCCGCCCUCGGCUCCGAGUCUGAAAUAGGAUCUCACCACGAAGAAGGUGUAAUUAUAAUGACAUCGGUGUGUUCUCGUUACCAACUCACAUUAACAACAGGAAGUCUUCAUCACAAAACUGUUGUUAUUUUCUCUAGUGGAUGCGCUUCUAUAGCGAAAUUAAAUGUUGAGUUGCCAUGGUAACCGUGACAAAACCCGAAAGACUCGGCCAAUGAACGAAGAGAAUUCAUGUUGGUUUGAGAAUCUGUUUUUCUUUUUUACGUUUUUUUAUAAAACUUAAACCCUGAAAAAACCCUUUUACCCUCAGCUUCCUCCAACAGGAUUCAGCACUGAUGAGCUCCAGUAUUCUAACGUUCGACACAUUUCACCUCAAACCUCAAAUCAACACAGUAAACAGUAAACAAAUGCAGUAAACAGUAAACAAACACAGUAAACAGGACCAAAUGAAAAAGAACUUAAAGAUUAAAAAAAAGAUCCUUUUGUUUUGCAGUCGUUAGAGAGAGAGAGAGAGAGAAUGUGUGUGUGUGUGUGUUUUUUAAAGCCAUGUUGCUUUGCUGUUAGCUGUUAGCCUCAUUGGGUUCGGUUGAUGACAUCAGCUUCAGUCGGACGAACCCGGCACUGUCGUCCAAUAGGAUCAGUGGGAUCACAUUUGUUUAUAGUUGUUGUUUUUUUAAUUACAGUCUGCUGUAGUCUGCGAACCGACCAAUCACAGUGAAGGAUUGUGUCAACAGGAACAAUAAAGUUUUAUCCUUUCAAAAGCUGAA